UGGCAGCGCCGCCGGCCUUUUCCCCUACCGCCGCCGCCGCCGCCGCCGCCGCCGUCGCCCCCAGCAACGCUUCGCGCAGCGCUUGUCGCCAUGAACAAGGCCGGACUGAGUUUGGAAAAGGUGUCCGCUCUGACCAAGAGACAGAACGCUGACCCCCAGUUCCUUCUGGCCCGGAAUAUCACGACCACCCAUGACCUGCUGGAGGUCUGUCUGCAGAGGCAAACUGUACAAGACACCCAACACGUGUUCCAGCAUGUUGUGCCGCAGGAGGGCAAGCCGGUCUCCAACCAGAAGGGCUCAGGGAGAUGCUGGAUUUUUUCCUGCCUGAAUGUUAUGCGUCUUCCUUUCAUGAAAAAACUAAAUAUUGAAGAAUUUGAAUUUAGUCAAUCAUAUUUGUUUUUCUGGGACAAGGUUGAACGCUGUUGUUUUUUCUUGAAUGCCUUCAUUGAAACAGCCCAGAGACAGGAGCCUGAGGAUGGAAGGCUGGUUCAGUUCCUGCUUUCCAACCCCUCAAAUGAUGGUGGUCAGUGGGAUAUGCUGGUUAAUCUUAUUGAAAAAUACGGUGUUGUCCCUAAGAAGUGCUUCCCUGAAUCCCACGCAGCAGAUGCAUCCAGAAGGAUGAAUGAUAUUCUGAAUCACAAGAUGAGAGAGUACUGUCUCCGACUAAGGAACUUGGUGAAAAGUGGAGCAACCAAAGGGGACCUCUCCGUAGCCCAGGACACCAUGAUGGAGGAGAUUUUCCGGGUGGUGAGCCUAUGUGUGGGAAGCCCACCAGAGACUUUUACCUGGGAAUUUAGAGACAAGGAAAAGAACUACCAUAAGAUUGGACCUGUGACACCCCUGGAGUUCUACCGGGAUCAUGUCAAGCCACUCUUCGACAUGGAAGACAAGGUUUGUCUAGUGAAUGACCCUCGACCCCAGCACAAAUACAACAAGCUUUACACAGUGGAAUACUUGGGCAACAUGGUUGGUGGGAGAAAAACUCUGUACAACAACCAACCCAUUGACUUCUUGAAAAAAAUGGCUGCAGCCUCCAUUAAAGAUGGAGAGGCCGUGUGGUUUGGCUGUGAUGUUGGAAAGCACUUCAAUAGCAAGCUGGGCAUCAGUGACAUGAAUGUUUAUGACCACGAGCUGGUGUUUGGCGUCUCGAUGAAGAACUUGAGCAAAGCUGAGAGAUUGACUUUUGGUGACUCGCUGAUGACCCACGCCAUGGCCUUCACUGCAGUCACAGAGAAGGAUGACCAAGAUGGGGGAUUUGUGAAAUGGAGAGUGGAGAACUCCUGGGGUGAAGACCAUGGCCACAAAGGUUAUCUGUGCAUGACUGACGACUGGUUCUCCGAGUACGUGUACGAGGUGGUGGUGGACCGUAAGCAUGUGCCCGAGGAAGUGUUAGCCGUGCUGGAGCAGGAGCCAAUCGUCCUUCCCGCCUGGGACCCCAUGGGGGCUUUGGCAGAGUGACCACCCCCUCUAAUUCUUGCCUCCUCACAAGUGACCAGAAGUAGAUGCGAUGGGGAGCCGUGAGGUGGAAGCCAGAGUUAAGGGAGUGGCUGGGUGCUCCUUUAGACCUAGUCAGACUCGUGGUUUUCCAGCCCACGCCCCUUGGGUCCCCUGGGGAAAUGUGCUUUAUACUCUACUGCUGAAUCAAAACGCUGUUACUCCAAGUCAGGCUUCUCUGUCAGAACAUGGAAAGGCAAACGUGGUCACCCGGUUUCCUCACCUCCCCCUGCUCCCCUUUUUCUCUUUCCCUUAUCCCAGGGCCCAUACCAUCAGUGGCAACUGCGGCUGAUUUUAGCCCUUUUAGAACUUCUUGACCUCCGGGGGCUGGACUAACCCCCAGAGCCACAAAGAGAAAGCCACCCCUUUCUCAGCAUCCCACACAUUGCGAUGGAAGAUUCCACCCCAAACCCUCCUCCCCGCCGAGGUCCAUACCCAGAAAACAGUCCCAUGCUGCCCAUCUGCCCGGUUUAUGCAAGGGGUGUUGCCCUUCCCAGAUCUCCAGCCCCCAGUUCAGUUUUCCUCAAUUUGGAUUUUCCUGCCUCUCACCCCAUCUAGGAACAGGAACCCACUGACAGUCAAUUUAGUCCUAUUCCAUUUCUCUUCCUUUGGGUCAAAAUGGGGCCCGGUGACACAAACCCAAAUCGCACUCAAGCUGGGCCUCGGAGGGAGCUGAGGCAAGGCAAGGUGACCAGAAAUCUGAUCACAAGCAGAGUUAAAGUAUAGGGAAGCUUGAGCUAAAUUGUUGUUUUUAACUUCUGCGUUGCGGGUGGGGUAGGUGGGGAGCGUUCUUUCUGACAACUAGACGGUGCUAUGAAGCUUUUGAAUAAAACACUUUCCUAAAUGAGAA